AUGCAGCUGCAGCGAUGUAUCAUAUUGCUGCUUGCACUUUUGCAUGUGAGCGAUUCUGCGGGGGAGAGCUCUUGUAGAGACCGCUGCCGGCUGAUUGAGCCUGGUGCCUCGUGCCAGUGCACUUCUUGGUGUCUUAAAUUUGGAGGUUGUUGCUCGGAUUAUCACGAAUUCUGUGUUCGGCAGGAGCAAUUUAUUGAGCCGAAAGUUCUCACACUGCCUCCAAUACUUCCCACCAAAACCACCACCCAAGUCACUCGCACCUCUGUGACCAUCACUUCGACCACAGUGAGCACAGUGACGUCCACAACUGUGACGACGGUCACCGCGACAUCCGUAGGACUGCCCAGACUGCGAAUCAAAGGACUGGAGACUGCGAAUCGAGUUGGAGACUGGACGUGUCCAGGAUUUGAAAAUGAGGUGCAAUUUCAAGUUGGAACACAGUCUCGACGCAUGUUUCUGUAUCUACCAAGGGGAGGGGAGAACAUCCCACUGUGGCUUGUUCUACAUGGCACCAACAACAAGGUACAAGACUUUUUGCGGUACUCGGGCCUCAACACCUUUGCCAAAGAGAACAACUUUGGUUUGUUGGCGCUGCAGGCUCUACCAAACAUGGCAUUGGGUUCAAAGCAGUAUCAGUUCAACGUAGGCAUACACGGCCAGGCGAUGCCAGAUGAUGAUGUGCAUGAUUUGCAGUUUGUGAAAGAAUCGUUACACGAGAUCUUGAAGCUCCCUUGCAUCGACAAGAGGCGAGUGCAUUGCACUGGCUACUCCAACGGUGCUCGCUUCUGCAUGCGUUUGGCUUCCGAACUGUCUCAGGUGAUUGCAUCAGUUGCGCCUGUGUCUGGGCUACGCUUUCCCACGCCCAACCAAGCAAUCCGGCCAAUUCCGAUCCUGGCUUUUCAUGGAGAUUUGGACCAGGUGAACCCUUGGAAUGGUCAUGGAGAGGGCUAUUGGCAAUCCUCAGUGCCAGAUGCCAUGCAAGACUGGGCUCGUUUCAAUGGAUGUCGCCUGGCAUCCGGUGCUGCGCCUGCUGCGCCCCAGUUCAUUGAAGCUGGAUCCUAUGCUGUGGCCUCCUACUCGGACUGCAAUGGAAAUGCCACUGUGGAACUUCUACUGCUCCAUGGUGCAGGGCAUCAAUGGCCUGGAGCCAUGUGGCCCUUGCCAGGUCUUGGUGCAAAAAGCAGUGUGGAUGCCAAUCGUAUGAUCUACAAUUUCUUUUCUUCGCAUCGCCUUCCAACAUCGGUCAAGAUCAAUGACGUUCUUAUGGUGAAAGACAGUCGCAUCAUGCUUGAAACAUACACAUCACAUAAAGCCUUGUUGGUGGCACUGCUUGUGCUUUCAGCCAUUGUUGCUCUCACCGCUGUCGUACGUGCGCUUAAAGCGCAACACGAUCGACAGUAUGCAGAGAUCCACAGUCAAAGCUGGGAUGCAUUGUUGGAGUGA